AUGGAAGAUACGAUGGCCCGAACUGACAUAGGUCCACAUGCCAGUUUUGGGGGCGGUGGAGAUCGGCAUACGCCUAGGACGCCCACUCCGUAAGUCUAAUUGCUCGCCAUAAUUUUAUAACGAGCAAUUAAAAGAGGCAAUAUAUUGUGUAUUUAUUGCAAUAUUAUCUCACAAAAAAUCAAUUUUUUUCUUCGUAAAACAGGCCAAAAUGUAAAUGAAGUUUGAAUACAAGCCUUUUCAGUCACCGCCCAGUAAUUCUAGUACAUGGAAUUACAAAUACCGCCUCGACUUUUGCAAGAGUUAGAGAGUACUUUAACACUCAUGGCUACCGAGAUUACGAAGUUUAUGGGACAACGUAUGGCGAUGGAGGCAAAACAAACGUCGUCUUCUUUGCAAUGGACUGUCAUCACAUGAAAAUUGUAAGGGAAUUCUUCGUCUCUAGUAUUAGCAUUUUCAUAAAGUGCAUGGACUUACGUCGUGGUCCGCUACUUGCAUAAAAAACCCCAUCUUGCACCAUGCAUUUCACUUUUUGCUUUUUUUUUGGUCUUGCACUGUGCGGUGAGAUAUCGCAGCGACAUCAGCAACUUUUGACUACGUCGCUACGGCGGCGCCAGAAGUUUGGUUUUGCACAGUGCAAACGGCUUUUUUUGAGGUUUGCACUGUGCGAAAAGAGAAAAAUACAUGGGAAAAGGCUCAAAAUGCACUGUGCGAAAGCAAAAAAAUAUCUGCGCAGUGCAAACGUUUUUUUCUUUUUUGAGGUUUGCUCUGUGCAAAAAGAAAAAAAAUAAAGAUGCACUGUGCGUUGCGACAAGCGUGAGAAAAGAUUCAAAAUGCACUGUGCAAAAGCGACAAAAUCUUUGCACAGUGCAAACGGCUUUUUUGAGGUUCGCACUGUGCGAAAAGAGAAAAAUAAAAAUGCACUGUGCGUUGGCGACAAGCGUGGGAAAAGUUCAAAAAUGCACUGUGCAAAAGCAAAAAAAUGUCUAUGCACUUUAUGAAAAUGCCAAUACAACUUCACACAGCUUUUUGACAACUUUAAGAUAACAUUUUACUUCCAGAUCCGCUCGUUUAUCCAAGUGGUCGCGGAUUACACCAGCUCCAAGGUGGAUGUGAUCGGCUAUUCCAUGGGCUCUCCUGUCGCCCGCAAAGCCAUAAUGGGAGGUAAAUGCGUGGAUACCGGCGAAGAUCUAGGGGGCCCAUUAACUCAUCUGGUUCACACUUUUAUCGGCGCCGCUGGCGCGAAUUACGGAUCGUUCUUGUGUCUGCUGCCGUUCGGCAGCUGCAAUCUGAUAAAUGGGCUGGCUUGUGGCUCAAGGUUUUUGAAUGAUAUCAACUCAAAGUGGGUGAAAUUUUAUUCCGAAUAACUUUGUUUUGUCCAGGCAACGAUACGAAGGAGAGAAGAUCUUCACAAUUUAUUCGACUGGAGAUGAGAAGGUCGGGUAUCGUGCCUGUGGACGAUUCGCCAGCGACAUUCAGGGACAGGACAAGGCCUUUGUGGUGAGUGCUAUUUGCAGUGACUGUAAGAUGCGGCUUUGUAUUAGACGCGGCUCUAUUAGACAUGACUCUGAGGCCGAGGUGGGCCGGGCCGUGUGAGUUUGAAAGGAAGGCCCCAAAUCGGCCCCGAAUGACUAAAAUUCGGAGUCUCAAUGGGAAAAUUGGGGUUGCUAAAGUAAGAAAGAUAGAAACGCAGAACCAAGAACUGAUAGGUGUUUUUUUUUUGAGAUGCAGUACAGUGAGGGACCGGAUCCAGUGGCAAAAAACGUCUCAUUUUGCAUCCCGGAAGGGUCCAAAAUGUCUCCAAACCCUUCCCUUCUCUAACUAAAAAAACCCCGCUUUGAAGAGCCCUCCUUGAAGGAAAGGGCGCGCUUUUCAAAGCGGAGCUAUUUAGCUUAAAGAAGGGCAUGGUUUUGAGUCAUUUUGGUCCCUUCCGGGAUGCAAAAGAAGACGUUUUUUGCCAAUGGAUCAGGUCCCUCACUGUAGACAAUAGAAGCAAAUUUGAAAGUGCCCAGGGUCUUGACGAACUCUUCGGGGCAGGGGUGGGGCCGCGGUUUUCAUCCCGGCUCGACCUCAGAGCCAUGCCUACUUUGUAACAGUUUGUCGGGAAAAUAAUGUGGAAUCAUCUUGAAAUCGCCCGUAAUCGCUUUGCGACGGCUAGCCACAGCUGGAAAUUUGGCUCGCAGCUACGACGAGGCGAGAAAUCUUGAUGCGACAAAUCCACAUUAUUUUUCCGACAGACUGAUAAACGUCCAAUGCGGAUGCAAAAUUAAAAAAAAAAAAAAAAAAAAAAAAAAAACAGCGUUGAAAUUGAGGCCAUUCCUUUAUCAAUCAACCAAUUUCUAAUUUCAGAAGCAAGGAAUGAACCACGACCAAGUCAUGUUGGAUACCGCCAACCUACAACUGAAUUUACUCACACAAGGGCAUGAAUGA